AACAACCGUCGAAGAAGAAAAUACCGGAAGCGGUUUGUAGCAGCGCUUAAACGCAGAUCAGGGUUUCUUUUUAGUCUGAAAACGUUUAAAACAGGCGUUUGAAAGUAAAGAAAACAAAGACGGGUGCUUGUUAAAGGACAUGCCAAAAUGAGGUUGAACAUCGAUGGUUUGUUGGUGUAUUUUCCCUAUGAUUACAUCUAUCCUGAGCAGUACUCCUACAUGCUGGAGCUGAAGAGGACUUUAGAUGCAAAGGGUCAUGGAGUUCUGGAGAUGCCAUCAGGAACCGGGAAGACCAUUUCCCUCCUGUCCCUCAUCGUGGCCUAUCAGAGGGCCUUUCCACUGGACGUGACCAAGUUGAUUUACUGCUCCAGAACAGUUCCUGAGAUCGAGAAGGUUGUGGAGGAGCUGAAGAAGCUGAUGGAGUUUUACGCCAAAGAAACCGGAGAGGUGAACAACUUCCUGGCUCUGGCUCUGUCCUCCAGGAAGAACCUCUGCAUCCACCCUGAGGUCAGCUCCCUGCGCUUCGGGAAGGAGGUGGACGGCAAGUGCCACAGUCUGACCGCAUCCUACAUCCGUGCACAGCGCCAUGCUAACCCCAACGUACCGGCCUGUCGCUUCUACGAGGAGUUUGAUUCAGUCGGGCGUCAGGUCCCUCUUCCUGCCGGCAUCUACAACCUGGACGACCUGAAGGACUUCGGCAGGAGGAAAGGCUGGUGUCCGUAUUAUCUGGCUCGUUACUCUAUUCUGCACGCCAACAUCGUGGUUUACAGCUACCACUACCUGCUGGACCCCAAGAUCGCUGACCUGGUGUCCAAAGAACUCGCCAAGAAGUCUGUGGUGGUGUUUGACGAGGCCCACAACAUCGAUAACGUCUGCAUCGACUCCAUGAGCGUGAACAUAACGAGGCGAACGCUGGACCGCUGCCAGAACAACGUGGAGACGCUGCAGAGCACCAUCCACACGAUAAAGGAGACGGACGCUGCCAAGCUGAGGCUGGAGUACCGCCGGCUGGUGGAGGGGCUGAAGGAGGCCAACGUUGCCAGAGAAACAGACGUCUACCUGUCCAACCCGGUCUUACCUGAUGAGAUUCUGCAAGAGGCGGUCCCCGGAUCCAUCCGAACAGCCGAACACUUCGUGGGUUUCCUGAGGCGGUUCCUGGAGUACCUCAAGUCCCGCCUGCGGGUCCAGCACGUGGUGCAGGAGAGCGCCCCGCAGUUCCUCAAAGACAUCUUUGACAAAGUCUGCAUUGACCGCAAACCCCUCAGGUUCUGCGCGGAGCGGCUGCACUCUCUGCUGAGGACUCUGGAGAUCGCAGACGUUGCUGACUUCUCGGCCGUCACGCUCAUCUCCAACUUCGCCACUCUGGUCAGCACCUACAGCCAAGGUUUCACCAUCAUCAUCGAGCCGUUUGAGGACAGGACUCCGACCAUCGCCAACCCCGUGUUGCACUUCAGCUGCAUGGACCCGUCCAUCGCCAUCAAACCCGUCUUCCAGAGGUUCCAGUCCGUCAUCAUCACCUCAGGGACCUUGUCCCCGCUGGACAUCUAUCCCCGAAUCCUGGACUUCCGUCCCGUUACCAUGGCGUCCUUCACCAUGACGCUGGCUCGGACCUGCCUCUGUCCUCUGAUCGUUGGGCGGGGCAACGAUCAGGUCGCUCUGAGCUCCAAGUUUGAAACCAGAGAGGACUUCGCUGUGAUCCGUAACUACGGCAACCUCCUGCUGGAGAUGUCAGCCAUCGUUCCCGACGGGAUCGUUGCUUUUUUCACCAGCUACGUCUACAUGGAGAACAUUGUGGCGUCCUGGUAUGAGCAGGGAAUCCUGGAGAACAUCCAGAGAAACAAACUGAUCUUCAUCGAGACUCAGGACGCUGCUGAGACGAGCAUGGCUCUGGAAAAGUACCAGGAGGCCUGUGAGAACGGCAGAGGAGCCAUCCUCCUCUCUGUGGCUCGAGGGAAAGUUUCUGAAGGGAUCGAUUUCGUGCAUCAUUUUGGCCGAGCGGUCAUCAUGUUUGGAGUCCCGUACGUUUACACCCAGAGCCGCAUCCUGAAGGCCCGUCUGGAGUAUCUGCGGGAUCAGUUUCAGAUCAGAGAGAACGACUUCCUGACGUUUGACGCCAUGCGUCACGCCGCUCAGUGCGUGGGCCGAGUCAUCAGAGGGAAGACCGACUACGGCCUGAUGAUUUUUGCAGACAAGGUGAGGACUCGAUUUAUUUUGAUUUCCCCGCUCGACGCAGAAUCCUCGUUCCAUGUGUGUUUCCAGCGCUACGCCCGAGCCGACAAACGGGGGAAACUUCCUCGCUGGAUCCAGGAGCACAUCAGCGACGGCAGCCUGAACCUCACCGUGGACGAGACGGUCCAGCUGUCCAAGCACUUCCUGCGACAGAUGGCUCAGCCCUUCAGACAGGAGGACCAGCUGGGCUUGUCUCUGCUCACCCUGCAGCAGCUGGAGUCGGAGGAAAUGCUGAAGAAAAUCUCUCAGAUCGCUCAUCAGACUUAAAGCGGUUUGUUUUCCUGCAGACUUUAAAUCACAUGUUUGACUCUGAAGGAGUCAGAACCAAGAAAAAACAGAAGAAAAGCUGCAUUUUAAACCAAGUUUCCUAUGUGAACGUUUAAAAACCUGCAGUUUAUUGUCUGUCAUACAGACCGGACUGUUUUCUUCUCUACUCCAGCUGUCUUUACUGUUAAAAUUUAAAACCUCUUUUUGAAAUAAAACCUCUUUUUGAAAUAAAAA